GGCCCUGGGGAAAUCUAGUGCCUUUUAAGCACACCCUGCAAACCUUGGUGGAAUUGGUUGGGUGCAGCAGCCGCUAUGUAUGUUGGUUUAACAUUCCAAAAGUAAACAUGAUGAAGAUAAGUUCAGGGGAAAGAUCGACCCUCCGCAGCGCUUCUCCUCACAGGAAUGCGUAUAGGACUGAGUUCCAAGCAUUGAAAAGCACCUUUGACAAGCCUAAGUUGGAUGGGGAACAAAAGACAAAAGAUGGAGGAGAGGCUUCCCAGCAAACCAGGGGGAGGAAAUAUGGAUCUAAUGUCAACAGGAUUAAAAAUUUAUUCAUGCAAAUGGGCAUGGAGCCCAAUGAGAGCGGUAGUGGCAUGGUGAAGACCAGAAAUAAAGGGGGUCAGGUGUCGCCUCAAAGAAGAAUUAGGCCCAAAGAAUUUGUGGAGAAAGGAGAUGGAUCUGUUGUGAAGUUAGAGUCUACCGUUUCGGAAAGGAUUAGUAGGUUCGAUGCUAUGCACGAUGGUCCUUCGUAUUCCAAGUUUACUGAAACACGGAAAUUGUUUGAAAGGAAUACUCAUGAACCAGGGCACGCCAGUCACUUCUCCCCAAAGAAAGAGAGAUCGGUUUCGAAUAACGAACUUCAAGACGAGUGGUGCAGUUCCAAGUCUAACAGGGGAAGUUCAGAUUCCCUGGACAGCCUUAGUUCGAGGACAGAGGCCGUUUCCCCCACAGUGAGUCAACUCAGCGCCGUGUUUGAAAAUACAGACGCACAGCAAAGUAUUGUUUCAGAAAAAGCAGAGAACAAUGAAGAGUACUCCGUAACAGGUCACUACCCGCUAAAUUUGUCUUCAGUGGACACAGAUCUAUCAUCCACUGUCACAAAGCACGAUGAUUUUAGUCCCAUUAAAGAUGUCAAUGCUUGGCCUCCUGUAGCCAAAGAAAGCACCACUUCUGUGUCUGUUGAGAACUCUAAACAAGCCAGUAGUAGGUCUCCAUCAGUGAAUGACAUUUCUAAAAGCAUUUUGCCCGAUGUAAAAACAACUGGAAUACAAAACAAGGGUACCUGCUGUGAUUUUGUUGACACCUGUGAAACCACUAAGCCGGAAUCAAUAGAUGGGCCCAAAAGACAGAAUGCUGGCGAAAGCUUUACCAGGAAUAAGGCGGAAAUAGAGCCUGAAGUUCCGUCUUCAGAAAAGAAAAAGAUCUCGGAUGGAGCUGAAGCAGCAGAAAUAUCCGGAAAUUUAAUAGCUGGUGAUAGCGUUGCAAUUACUGAAGCCAGUGCCACACAUUCUGUUGGCACCCACUGUGAAGAUACAAAUGGAAAGGAAGCUCAGGAAGACUUGAAUAACUUUCAGAGUACUCAUGUGUACAUGCACUCCGAUUACAAUGUCUACAGGGUACGAUCAAGAUAUAAUUCAGACUGGGGAGAGACAGGGACAGAACAAGAUGACCAGGAAGACAGUGAUGAAAAUUAUUCUUACGAACCUGACACAGAAUGUUCUGAAAUUACUGGAUUGCCAGAAGAAGAAGAUAUCCCAACAAACAGGAAGAUUCAGUUCAGCAGUGCGCCGAUUAAGGUUUUCAACACAUAUUCUAAUGAAGACUAUGACAGGAGAAAUGAUGAAGUUGACCCUGUGGCUGCAUCAGCUGAAUAUGAAUUAGAGAAACGUGUGGAGAAACUGGAACUUUUCCCAGUAGAGCUUCAAAAAGAUGAAGAUGGGCUUGGCAUCAGUAUUAUUGGAAUGGGAGUAGGAGCAGAUGCAGGCCUCGAGAAACUGGGCAUAUUCGUCAAAACGGUAACAGAAGGUGGAGCAGCAGAAAGAGAUGGCAGGAUCCAAGUAAAUGACCAAAUUGUAGAAGUUGAUAGAAUCAGUCUGGUUGGAGUUACACAAAAUUUUGCUGCAACUGUUCUCCGAAAUACCAAAGGAAAAGUCAGGUUUAUAAUUGGCAGAGAAAAGCCAGGGCAAAUGAGCGAAGUGGCUCAGUUGAUUAGCCAGACCUUAGAGCAAGAACGUCGCCAGAGAGAGCUUUUGGAACAACACUAUGCACAGUAUGACGCAGAUGACGAUGAGCGUACUCAGAGAAAAUUUCAUGGAACCUCAGGCAACUACAAUAAAAAUAACAACUGUUACCAUAAAAAGACAGGGGAAUAUGCCACUGAUGAAGACGAGGAUGACAUGGGGCCUAUCCUUCCAGGAGGAGAUAUGGCCAUCGAAGUGUUUGAGCUUCCCGAAAACGAGGACAUGUUUUCCCCGGCAGAGCUGGACACCAGCAAACUAGCUCACAAAUUCAAAGAGUUGCAGAUCAAACAUGCAGUUACAGAAGCUGAGAUUCAAAAGCUGAAAACAAAGCUGCAGGCUGCUGAGAACGAGAAAGUAAGGUGGGAGCUGGAGAAGAACCAACUUCAGCAGAACAUUGAGGAGAAUAAGGACAGGAUGAUGAAACUCGAGAGCUACUGGAUUGAGGCACAAACCUUGUGUCACACUGUCAAUGAACAUCUGAAGGAGACUCAAAGCCAAUAUCAGGCCCUAGAGAAGAAAUACAACAAAGCCAAGAAACUGAUUAAGGACUUUCAGCAAAAAGAACUUGAGUUUAUUAAGCGGCAAGAAGCAGAAAGAAAAAAAAUAGAAGAUCUGGAAAAAGCUCACUUUCUAGAAGUUCAAGGUUUGCAAGCUCGCAUUAGAGAACUGGAAACAGAGGUGUUCAGAUUACUGAAGCAAAAUGGAAGUCAAGUCAACAACAACAAUAACAUCUUCGAGAGGCAAACGUCUCUUGGAGAAGUCUCAAGAGGAGAUGCAAUGGAAAACCUUGAUACGAAACAAGUGUCCUGCCUGGAUGCCUUAAGUCAAGAUUUUAAUGAAGCGGUCCCUGAGACAGAAAGGUUGGACUCCAAAGCGCUGAAGACUCGUGUACAGCUUUCAGUAAAGAACAAAAGGUCAAGACCAACCAGAACAAGACUCUAUGACAGUAUCAGCUCCACAGAUGGAGAGGACAGCCUUGAAAGAAAGCCAUCGUAUGGUCAUGGUAGCCCCGCACACAUUACAAAAUCACAACUUCCCAUGUGUGUGAGAACAUCCUCACCAGCAUCAGAUUCUGGUGCAUCCUCCCUUUCCCCCGUGGGUAGCGCAACAUUUGCAUUUGACAACAUACCUGGAAACCAGGGCAAAGAACAGCAGGACCUGAGUUUUGUAUGUUCGCAUGGAGGGACUCCACUCUCCUCUCCUUCCAAAUCCUGCCAGAGUUAUGAAGCGUCACCUGUGCACAACCCAACCAGCAGGAAUGUCUUCCGUCAUGAAGAUGGUGCCACAGGUAUCCAGUCACCAAGAGCAUCCAGCCCUUCUCUGGGGCAUAUAAGGAAAAUAAAGCAAACAUUUGUAGAUCUUGGGGCUCCCUUGAGAAAGAGUUCAAACAAGGGCAAGAAGCGAAGAGAGAGAGAACCAGUUAGGGUCUCGACUGGCUGCAGGACAACUAAGGAGCUGUUGGAGUUUUCAGCAGGUCGACCCUCUUUAAUCAAGCGGUCUACUUCUCUCCCACAUAACACUAUGCCAUUUACGUGGCAUGGAGAGAGCAGCAAGAGAUCCAAUUCUUCCAGCAAUCUGCCUUCACCUACCAGUUCAACCGAUCCUUCCUCCGAAAACCUAAGCCCAGCUAAAAAGGGGUCCAAGAACUUAACUUUCAAUGAUGACUUCAGUCCAAGCAGCACUAGUUCCGCUGAUCUGAGUGGAUUAGGAACAGAACCGAAAACCCCAGGAAUGUCUCAUUCCAUAGCACUAUCAUCAGAUGAGAGCUUGGAUAUGAUUGAUGAUGAGAUCCUCGAUGAUGGACAAUCUCCCAAACACAAUCUGUCCCCAAAUUGGGCCCUUCAAGAAUGGAGUGUGCAGCAGGUUUCCAACUGGUUAAUGAGCCUGAAUUUAGAACAGUAUGUUCCUGAAUUCAGUGCCCAAAACAUAAACGGAGAGCGCCUCCUUCAGAUGGAUGGUAGUAAACUUAAGGCCCUUGGCAUGACAUCUUCUCAGGACAGAGCUGUCGUUAAAAAGAAAAUCAAAGAAGCAAAAGUGUCUAUAGAGAAAGCGCGCAGAGCUCAAGAGAAGAUGGAGAGGCAAAGGGAAAAACUUCGGAAGAAGGAAAAAGAGCAACUUCAGAGGAAGUCCCGGAAGGUGGAGAAGCGGUCACCAGAUUCAACGGAGGGUGCUACUGAACAGUGAUGCAUAAGAAUCCAUUCUUUUAGGAAAGAAGACAUUUCGGGGGAGAAAUUCGAAGUCAGUACUGUUUCUUUCCCACCUAUGUUACACAGAGUUCUGUGCCCAUAUCUGAGGUUUUAACUCAAAUAAAUGAACUCUGUGUAGCGACAGUUUCCUACAGUUGCAGAACACGCUAGUACUUUUAAUUUUACCAACAGCUGUAGACUGGAAUUGUGUUCUCACGACUGGGACUGACAAACCAGCUGUCCAACUUGGGGCCAGCACAGACAGCCUUUUUAUCCGUCCCCAUUAUAUCCUCUUAUUAUCCUGGUUGUGUCUGGUUCCCUUCUUUAUCAGUAGGACUCAGUAUUACAUCGCUUGCUUUGCUUUGAACUCUGAACCACCUCUAGAAAGCAGGAAAUCUCAAGCUUCAAUGGACCGGCGAAAGAAGUAAAUUGAAGUCAACUAUGUAUUGGUUAUUGUUGAAUUUUGGGGGAAUAUCUGCUGGCGUUGACAUUUCAUGCUUCUGGGAGAUAAGCUUCAGUUCACCUCAGUGCUCAGAGGUGAUGUUGCUUUGUCUCUACAGAGUGUGGUUUCAGGAUGUGGAGACAAUACAUUGGCGGAUGCCAUGUGCUGGUUGCAGAGCAAACAGUCUUCCUGAUGAUCAGGCGGGAAGGCAACUCCCCCAUUGUCCCUCUGCCCCCCAAACACCGCUCGUGUGAAUUAUACAGGAAGGAAAGCUGGGCCUUAACUUGCUUACACAAGACUAGAGAGUAACAUUUACCCUCUGGAUUUUUGAAUGAGGCUGAAUUUCUCUAAGAAAGCUGGCUUGUGUUAGAUCUUUCAGACUAUAGUUUUUCAUUUGAUCCCUGUAGGAGGGACACGUCUAGUGACACUUUUCUGUAGCAUGCUGUGAGCUCAUUACUUCCAACAGAUACUGAACAGGUUCAUCUUUCCUUCCUUUCUUUCCUACUUUCUUUCCUUCUUUCUUUCUUUUUUUCUUUCUUUCGUGAGAAAUAUGCCCUACCUCCAGGUUUGCUUUUAGUAUGUGGUGUGAUGCAAGGAGAUGGGCGUUACCUGAAGUGAGUGUUAUUCUAGAACUGGAAUUUAGCUUGCUUGUAAAACUAAUUGAAGAAAAAAGAUAUCCCUGAAUGUGCACUUUUAAAACACAGGAAAGGAAAUGACAAGACAAGGCGAGUUUUAAACUGUAAUGUCCUGUUGGUACAGCAAUGCACUGAAAAAAAAUCUAAAGUCAGCAUAAAAGUGUCACCAUGAGAAAUGAGUCUGGAACCCCUUUGAAAGCUCAUUUGCAACUUUUCUUUGGGGGAAGCCUAAUUUGGAUUUUUCCAAGAUAUGGCAGCCCUUCAACAGCCUGGAUAUGAUCCAAUUAAAUUUGAGUGUGUUUAAAUAAUAUUAGUUUCAUUAGGAGUUAUUUGAUCACUUAUUUAAAUCGUGAAAAAUAUUUUAGGUGGUUUGCAUCCGUCACUAUUUCGCCAAAUGAUGGCCACUUUGAAAAUAUACAGUUAGGAUUGAACUUCAACCAUCUGUUCUGUGGCUAAUUCAUUUUGGCUCACUAUUGUCGCUGCAUUUUGCAGUAGACACUAAAAGACAGAAAGGUUGGAUUCAAAUGAUGAAUGGGUUCUGUCAGUCAAAUACUUCACUUUACC